AUGGGGCCUGGAGCUUUUUUAGAUUUGUGUGACAUGCUACGUAAAGAAGGUGGCCUCCAACCAACACAACGAGCAACGAUUGAAGAACAAGUUGCCAAAUUUCUUUACAUAUUAUCACAUGGUGUAAAGCAUCGGGAAAUAUCUUUUUUUUCCCGUCGCUCUAGUGAGACUAUAAACCGUCAUUUCCAUCAAGUGUUAAGAUCUGUGAUACAACUAGAAGAGAAGUUUCUGAAACAACCUGAUGGAUCUCAAACUUCAGUAGAAAUACUCAACAGUUCUAGGUUCUUCCCAUAUUUUAAGGAUUGCAUUGGGGCAAUUGAUGGAACGCACAUUCGGGCAAAAGUUCCUAUUGAAGAUGCACCAAGAUAUCGUGGUAGAAAGGACUACCCAACACAAAAUGUGCUAGCGGCAUGUACAUUUGAUUUAAAAUUUACAUAUGUUUUGCCUGGAUGGGAAGGAACUGCGUCAGACUCAAGAAUUUUAAAAAAUGCAUUAAGUAGACGAGAUAAGCUAAAAGUCCCCCAAGGCAAAUAUUACCUUGUUGAUGCUGGAUUCAUGUUGAGGAGCACGCUUCUUGCACCUUAUAGAGGAGUUCGUUAUCACUUAAAAGAGUAUUCAAGAAAUCCACCACAAAAUGCUAAAGAGUUAUUCAACCUUCGACAUGCAUCCUUACGCAAUGCGAUUGAAAGAGCAUUUGGAGUCUUGAAGAAAAGAUUUCCUAUAAUAGCAAGCUCAAAUGAACCAUCUUACGGAGUUCCAACCCAGAAAAAAAUAAUUUUAGCAUGUUGCAUUUUGCACAAUUACUUGAUUGGUGCAGAUCCGGAUGAUAGAAUUCUUCAUGAGGUGGAUGAAGAAAUUUUAAACAAUCCUGAACCCCAUGAACAGCUUGGUGCGCAAAGAGAGAGAAAUAAUGAUGAUGUUGCCCAAGGAGAGAUUUUAAGAAACUUAAUAGCAACUGAUAUGUGGAGGGAUUAUACAUCCAAUCCAACUUGAUGUUAUGCUAAAUUUAAUAAUUGUAGACAAAUGUUUCUAGUGAAUUUGGAACUAUAUCUUUGUUUUAAUGGGCUGAUUCUCUUUAGAAUUGUUUUAUUAUUUAAUUUUCCUUUUAUGGACUUAUCAUUUU